CUACAUUCCUGACCACCCACACAAACACACAGGGGUCAGCUGAUCGAUGCUUGCUUCCUUCCCUCCGCUCCCCUCACCAGCAGCCAUAGUCUCCCGCAGCGCCGCCUUGGGCAUUUUCUUGCGGUAGCCCCUCUUGUGCAAACUCCGUGUACCCGACCAGGCCCGAUAGAGCGUGCCCCUCCCCUGGUGCAGGUACAGAAACAGAGGCAGGUCGGGGUCGACGAAGUCCACCGACGGCCUGGCGCUCUUGUCGCGGCUGAGGAACUGCUUGACGAUGGCGUCCUUGACGGUGAGGGCGGUGAAGUGGGUGUGCCUGAGGUCUGAUGGGACGUCAGUGCCGAGAGUCACCUGCACAGAGAGGGUGUCCUGGACACUCAUGUAAGGCCGCCAGUCGAUGGAGUUGACCCAGCUCCACAGAUCAUCUCUUCUCCUCAGCUCCAUCGGCCCGUCGAUGCGCUCGAGGACACGCUGGCCGGUCCGCAGACAGACGGUAAGCCAGUAGGGCAGCUGCACAGCGGUGGGGAUGUCCUUGCUGACCCACAGAGUGACCCCUCUCUUGGACUGCUUCGUCACCACAGAGCCGCCAUCGAGAGCAUCGUGGCCCCCAGGGAGCCGCUCAGUGAUUCUCCUCAUCUCCAUCUCCACAAUGGUCUCCAAGCCAGCCGCACAAGGGACAAAGAACUCACGCAUCGCAGUCGUAUCGAAGGUGCUGUCCCGACGUGGUCUGCCAAAGGGCUGCCGUCGGCCCCUCUAAGCUCCCCUUCCGCCAAUGGAUCUCGCUGUGGGCGGUGAGCGCCGCCCUGCUGUGGCUGAGAGUGCCGUCGGUUGGCUGCCUGACCUGCAGCCAGGAGGGCCGCUGGAAGGGGCUGAGAAUGCGCCAUGCGGACGAGAUCUCCCAGAAGCAUCGACCAUCGCCAUCACGCUGAGCACCGCCAUGAGUACUGGGAUGCGCCGUCCUCCUGGGUGCCUCUUCAGCUGCUGCAGGCGGCAGAUUGUCGGCGGUGGUUGAGUGUGCCUUUGCGAGGGCGGCGGGGCGAGAUGCAUGGAUCUAAAGGGUCGGGAAGCCUCAGCAUGAGCCACAAGAACACAG